ACUACAAUUUGCAGUUCGACACACGAGGUUGAGCUACGAAAUAGCCAAAUUUUACUCUUCUUGGAAGAUUUUUGUUCCAUUAUGGAGAAAGUUCAAGAACUUAAAGAAACCAGAGAUGAAAUUCAGAACAUCCUCUCGACUGCAACUCGUGCACGUGUCAAAAAAAUCCUACAAGACGAGUUGGAACGCGUAGAACGAGAAAUCGAAACUGAAGAAAAGAGGGCAGCGAAGCCCUCCGUGAAGAAACCGCAUGUCACCUUGACUAAAAUCACGUCGUACGCUUGGGAUCAAUCACCAAAAUUCGUGAAAAUUUACAUCAAUUUGCCGGAAGUGGAAACUCUUCCUGAAGAGAAUAUCUCUUCGAAAUUCACCUCCAAGUCAAUGGAAUUGAAAGUACUUGGUUUGAAAGGAAAGAAUUAUCAUUUUCAGAUAAUCAAUUUGUUGCAUCCUAUUCUUCCCGAAUCCAGUUCAGUGAAAGUUAAAUCUGGACGUGUGACUCUCCUUUUGAAGAAGGACAAAGACGAAAGUUGGUCUUGUUUGACCGUGACAGAGAACUUGAAGAAUAUGAAAGAGCAGCCGAAAGUGGACGACAAAAAGGAUCCUGGAGAAGGAAUAAUGGACUUGAUGAGGAAGAUGUACGACGAAGGAGAUGAUGAGAUGAAAAGGACCAUAGCUAAGGCCUGGACGGAGUCAAGGGAAAAGCAGAAUUCAUAUGAUCCGUUGUCCUAGCCUUGAUCUUUCACUCUGUUAUGUGAUCCUCGUAUCUUGGAACAGUAACCGUGCACACUGUUUCCUCGGGAAAUAUCUUAGUCAAAGACAAUUUUUGUACUUUAUUUUGCAGACAGCCUGAGCCAAGUAACUUUGAGAAGCUUCUAGGAAGCCUCAUUGGCACUUAGCCCUUUAACUCUCACAUCAAAUUUGUCAUUCUCCUUACUGUCAACCAUACAAUCCUUAUAAUGUUAGUUCAGAGAAUUUAGUAUUAGAUCAGCUAAUUAUCCCUAAAUUGAUAUUUUUGUUUAUUCUCAUCACUUAUCUGGUUGAUAUUGCAUUGAUAUUGUAAGGAAAAAUUCUGUCUUGGUCACUCAUGGGAGUUGAAGAGUUAAGAAAAAGAAGCUAUCUAGGAACUCUGUAAAAAUUGCUGUGUAAUGCUGAGUUCAUGGUUAGUCAGAUAUAGUAAUAUCAUAGUGUUAGUACCCCCAACAAAAUUCAGGUAAAAAAAAUAGGUGUUCAUGCUGUUCUCUUACAUUCCAAAGAUAUAAAUGUAGCUUAACUAGUGCUGGUGACUUAUUAGAUACCACCUUAUAUGUUGAGCCAGUUUAAUGUUUAACCCUAUGUACUCUAAGAGUGAUGGCGUAUCACUCAUGAAGAUCAAUAGAGUAGAGGAAAUGAUUGCUAACCUAGGAAGCUUUGAUUGUUAAACAAUUUUUCUUGUCAGUACCGAAGGAAAAGUAUUAAGAGGAGUGUGAAGAAUAUAGAUACUGAUGUUUGGGUUACCUUUUUCCCUUGUGUGGAAAUUUCAGGUUGAUGUACAGCUUAAGUUUAUAUAUCAGAAGGAUGCUUGCUAAGCUCUGAGAUCCUGGUCUGAGAUUAGUCUCCUACAUUAAUUUAAGAAUGAUUGUCAAGAGAGCUUUGAUCACAUGAAGGGCACAACACAAAUUUGAAACCUUUGUUGUCAUGUCAAGAAUCAAAAAUCACAACAUAACAGUUGUAAUACCUGUUUAAUUCAGUGCGUGUUCUUUUCACCUGAAUGUAAGAAGCAAAAUAAACUUGUUAAUCUUGUUA